AUGAAAGUCUCAACCCUUUUCCUUGUCGGUGUGGUAGCCUCUGUGCUUUGUGUGUUGUAUGUCCAUGCCGCUAUUGAUAUCAAAACCAACAGCAACAAUAAGGUAUCUUCAUUGAAGGAACAAAUCAAGAUGGAAGCCUUGAAAGAUCCAAAACUUGCUCACAAGAUCAUUGAGCUUUCCUUAAAGAAGGUUCCUCUCCCUAAAAAGCCAGAAAUUAUUAUGAACAAGAUGGGAGUGUCGGGACCUCUCUGCUCCUCAUGUGUUGAUUUGUUAGAUUUUGCUCUUGCAGAUUUAUUGGCUGCCGUGGACUCGGGUGUGGUUUUCUCUUGUAUGAGACUAUGCAAUGCGGUGUCUAGUUUUGGUCCGUAUGCCGUUGAGUUGUGUGAUGUGGUGUGCACAGCCAUGGGAGUGAACGCCUUCAUUGACAUUAUUAAGAAGGGAGAUUUGGAUCCUAUUUAUGCAUGUCAGUUAGGAAAAUUGUGUCCAAUCCAUGACUGCACUGCCAAGACGUGUGCUGCUUUCACAGCUACGGGUGUGGUCCCUCAAGUGAGCAAGUGUGGAAGUACUGUGACUGCUUACUCAAGAUUGAAUGUUUUCAAUGAAUCUGGUCCAGGUCAAGUCACCAUGAUGUUGACUGGUCCUUUCUCCGUUGAUGAUUUAACUCAAAGAUUCUACCAAUCGAAUGGAUUCCAACCAGGUGCCUAUGAAAUUAAGUUCACCAUCUCAACCAAGGAUGACGAUGCCUCUGGCUUGCUCUGGUUUCCAGGUCAAUACAAGGUUGUGAUUAAUGCAUGCGAAGGAGAAUGUGGUGCUUCUCGACCUCACACUCGAUUGUUGGCUUCAGUUGGUACUACGUUUAAUCUGACCAACCCAAUUCCUUAA